UCUAUGAUUAUUGAUUACAGUCUGUUAUCUGUAACAGUCUGCAGUCUAAAUCAAAUUUCAAAAUAAUGCUUGACUGAUUUCCAUAAUUCAAAUUUAAAAUCAGAUAUUGUAACAUUUUAAACUUUAAAGACCUGCACGACAUACAAUUAUAUCUGUUAAGACUUAUAACGCGACAUUGGUGGAAUUGUGAUUUAAAAUUAAAAAUAAAGUGAAGUGAAAUACAAUUUUAUCCCUUAUUAAUAUUAUAUCAUAACAAGAUGUCAACACCAAAACCGGAAAAGGAAUUACAUUUACCUCUUUCAAGAGUAAAAACUAUCAUGAAAAGUUCACCUGAAGUAGAUGCUGUCGGCCCUGAACCUUUAUACUUAGUUACUAAAGUUACUGAAUUAUUUGUAAUAGAUUUAGCUAAGAGAGCAUUUAAGAAUAGUUCUAAUAAUGUGUUAGAAUACAAGCACAUAGCUGAUGUUGUACAAGAAGAUGACAGCUUAGAUUUUCUACGUGAGAUAAUACCAAGAAAAAUCACAGUUAAACAAUUUAAAGAAAUGAUGGCACGAAAAGCGGCUAAGGCAAACUCAGACGAUUCAACUGAAGAGUCAAGCAGUGAAGAAAGUAGUGAUGAGAGUGAAGAAAGUCAGGAGGAAUAAUAUUAGACUACUAUAUUUUCUUAAAAUGUGAAAUAAAGUAUGGGACCAAU